GGUAUACACCCCGGAAGUACACUACAUGCGCUUGACACAACACAAUAAUCACAAAUAUCUUCUUUAAACGUCUGAGAAAUAGACAACACGCUCACGAAAUGUCACGACACGCGUGUUACGCGUGGUAUAACGUGUCCAAACGCAAUGUUGGGCGUCAUUAAGAGUGUUUCUCACCGAGUGUGGUCGCGAAGACGGUCGUCGUUAGCUACUACUUACUUCCUGGAGUCUGAAUAUAUGCGUUCGGCAAAAUGGGUGAAGUUGAGGAAACGCUCCAGAGAAUUGAAGCCCAAGGAAGUGUACUUGGAACAAUAAUCGCUAAUGCAGACGGCAUUCCUAUCCGAUCAACGUUCGACAACUCCAAAGCAGCCAAGUAUGUGGACUCUCUCCGCCAACUCACCUUGAUGGCCAGGGGCACCGUGCGAGACAUUGACCCGGAGAAUGAACUGGUAGUUCUACGCAUCAGCGCCAAGAACCAAGAGAUCAUGGUUGGACCAGAGAAUGGCUAUCUUCUGAUACUCCUCCAGAGGUUUGAGAAAUACUCCCGGACAUGAGAGCAAAAGUACAUGAAGGCUAAAAUAAAAGAAUGAAAAGAGUGUAGCUCUCUCAUUAACACAUUUAAUGUUAUAUAUUACAUAUAUAUAUGUUUAUAUGUAAUAUUAUUUGACUUUGUGUUCAAAUGUUUCCUAUCAUUCUGCAGAAAAACUACUAUUAGCUUAAACCCUUUUCAGUGAUGUACCCCCUGUGAACAUGUUUUUAAUUCAAC